UGUUGAACAAAUUUUCUUGAUCCUUCAAUUUUGUGAUCUCGAGAGUCGUCUUAAAUGUCGGAAUAAAAAAUAAAACAAAUUUAUACACGUAAAACAGACAAUAUUGCACUCAGAUUGUUAAAGAUUUCAAGUGAAGUUGUAGUUAAAUAUUCCCAGUGGUUACUGCAUCAAGUGGCGGUGUGGCUUUGCUAAUUUCGAGAUGUUUUAUUACCACGGAGACAUUGAGUCGCAAUAAUUGUAAAUAUUUGCCAAUUCUGCUAUUUGCUGGGUGUGAAGCUAAUACUGAAGUAGUGCGAGGUCAGCUCAGGAUGCCGUUGAUCGAAGGUAUAGGGGAUGAAGUUGUACAAUUCGUAGCUGUGGUGCUGGUGAUAGUUAUAGCAGCUGUGGCCUGGUGGUCCACCAACGCUCAGCCAGAUCGAUACCGAGCUGUGCUGGUGAUGCGUUCCAGGACAAAUCAUCCUGUCACCGUCAGCAUUCGAACUAGAUCGAAUUUGAUGAUAACGGCUGAACCGGCGCCUUCAAUACAAGCUGCCUUAUCAGACGGUCCAAUGCCGACAGCAGCCGAAGCAGCAAAUGAAGACACCUCGAGGGUGAUACCUCUUCAGGAGAUGGACAGCAUAGUGGACGCAGACAUGGCCAUGCUGGACAAUAAUCGCCUGCAUUUCUAUAGAAGAGUUGAUUCAAACAAUACACAAACCGCGCCCGAGUCGACGAGCGACGAGAGCGAAGUGCACGAGGAGGUGGAGCCCGCCAGUAACGCACAGAUCCGGGAGAUGGACAGCAUCGUCAGCGCCAUGGAGGCUGACGUCACUGCCGGCUGCGACCUGUUCACUCGAGCUGGUGAACCAAAUCCAGCCACAGUGAUACCGACAGAUACGAAAAAAGAGAACGAUAAAGAGACCAGUGCCCCCUCCACAGCUAACGUAGAGAAAUCAUCAGAAACUGCAACCACAGACAAUGUAAUCCCCACAGAGGGCUCUGGUGACGUCACCGCGGAAGAACAAGAGAGUAGAAGGAUAUUGAUCAAGCUCAAGUACUUGAACGACACAUUGAAAGAGGUUGAAGGCAGCCUUGAUGAGUUGCUGAAGGAUUUUAAAUGGCGUCACUUCUCGACGGAGCUGACAGCGGAAUGUCGCGUGCGGCUCAUCUUCAACGGUCGCGUGCUACUGGACGACGCGGCCACGUUACGCGCCUGUGGCCUGCACGACCGCGCCGUCGUACAUUGUCUUGUGCACCCUAAACGUACUGUUAAUCCGCAGCGAGGCUCCGCGGAGGAAGGCGCGGGCGCAGCCCCCGAGCUGGUGUCGGAGCGGGCGGCGCCGGAGCGCGCGUGGGACCUGGAGAACAUCCUCAUGACGCUCGUCUCCGUCGCGCUCACUGUCGUCUGGUUCUUCAGAUGCGAAUAUUCAAACUUGUUCACGGCGAGCGCGAGCUUAGCACUGUUCGGGCUGACAGUAUUCUACAGCGUGGCGAUAUUCGGCCUCUACCUCUCCGACACAUUCCAGUUCGACAGGCGGCCUCCGCAACCCGUGCCCGAUAACUAGACGAACAUCAUGCGGCCGAUCCCAAUAUUCCAUCUAUAGAUCGACCUGCUUACUAAAGAUAGUAUUUUGUCAUUAGCCCCAUACUAGUAACGUCAAACUUCUAUCUUUAGUAAGCAAAUCCACGGAUAGAGGUAGUUGGGAACGGCCGCUAGUGAAGUUAUACUAAGGUUUGUAAAUUAUAGAUAUGCCGCCUUUUCUACUGUGUUAAAAAGGUAGCGUUUGGAUCACGACUCGUGAGUAGCUCGGCUGACGUAUAUUGUCUAUGGAACGAGAAUCCUCAUUUCGCGUUGAUAAAUAAAUCUUUUUUUUUUUCAAAUAUGACGACGAACGUAUUUGGCGGCGUAACGUGAUUUUGUGUAAGCCAGGGCAAAGAAGAGCAUUUUCUUUUCCUUUUGUUCGUGAUUCUAUUUAAUUCACGAUAAGCAUUUAUCGUAGAAGUAUAUUAGGUGUCCUUUAUAUUUAAAAGAUGAUUAUUUAGUCAUAAUGCUAUCAGUUUAAACACAUGUGUAUAAGACCCAAUGGCUUACAUAAUUAUUUACUUGAGUGAAUGUCGCUAAGCUACUCACAGCAAAGUUAAAGCUCUAUAUGCAGGUCAUAUUGCUGUAUUAUCCUUUGAAAUUACUACCAAGCGCUUAUACUUUUAGUUAAAAUGAUAAUCAUUAAUUGGCUUAGCAAAGCAGUCAUGUAUAUAAAUAAAUAUUGCAUAAACAUAGUAAUAGUCAAACAUAUUUAUCUGUGAAUGUAUACAAAAUCAUCUCCAGUUUUUGUUGAACGAAAACAUAAACGUAUGUUCACAUAUUAAUACGAAAAUAUACCUUCUUGUAAACCUAUUUAAUGAUAAUAGUGUGGAAUAGUGAAUAUUAAAAUCAAAAUUUUCCAUUUUUACAUUGUAAAUACAAUAAACUGAAACUAGUUAAGAUUUUUGUAAUAAUGACUCACAGAUCUAAUACAUAAUCAUUUUAAUGUACGGCACAAAGAUAAAAAGUGUGCAGAAAUCUUUUCCUAUUGUCGAUUCAAACAAGUACGUAAAAAUUUAUCAAAAAAUCAAAUAAGAUUUCAGACUUUGAAUUUCCUAAUUGCAUUUCACAAGAAAUCUCAGCCAAAAAAAUGCCACUGAUUAUAAUCAUAGCAUAAAUUAUUUAUUAGAAAACUUGUCUCAGUCAAAAACAAUCUGUGUUAGACAUCAGAUGUACUGGUCUCAAAAAAAAUUGUAAAUAGUGGUAGACAUUUUUUUUAUAUUUAUUUAGACGUAAGUUCGGACUUUUAGUUCUUUCAUAUCAUCUUUUCCAUCAUCUCAGAUGGUAUGUAUCUAUUUUUCUAACGUAUAUUUCCAUUCAUUUAUCAAUACAUUUAGUAUAUAAACAGCUUACAUACAAAAAUUCUAACUAUAUUCGGGUACCUUAUCGUUUUCUACGCUAAUAAACGUUUUAUUGUUAUUUACUUUUAAGGACAUUGAUAUAUAUUAAAAGUAAAUUUUAAUUGAAAUCCA